AUGUAUGAUAUCGACGCAAUGCGACAGCCCGACAGAUUGUCAAGGCGGUCCGACCUUGCAACGCCUUCCGUUCACUGGACCCGUCGACGAGAGCAGCUCCAGGAGUCAAACCAAGUGGCCAGAGCAGAAGCCCCCUCGAUCGACGGCGGAAGAACUGGUACUGCCCAGGUCCUGGUCGCAGCACUCUCCCGCCAGCCAGCUAACCAGGCCGCUGGGAAGCCGUCGACGACACCACCACAUGCACGAAGCCAGCCAGCCGAAGCUUCGAUGCGCCCGCUGUGGGCAGCCAGCGCCAACUGGCUUCACGACCUGACCGCACAGCAUCUGUCACUCGCGACGCCAGCGGGCGCGCGUUGGAACUUGGUGCAAUGUGAUAUGGGACGUGCCUAUCGUUUGGCUGCGACUCUCGCUCCAUUGAUGCGAAGCAUGGACCUGAGCAGGCCCUGA